CUCAUAUCUCAUUCUUUAGUGAUACUUUACCACUCUGCGACCCUCCGCCACAUCACCCAUCUCUCCACUUCACUCAACAUGGACCCCACACCAACGCCAUCCUUCCACCGCCGAUCCUCCGACCGCCUCCUCGACGCCUUCCCCAUUUCCCCCUCCCCCUCCGCCGCCGUCUCCGCCGCCGACGAGCUCAACGAGGCAGAGCUCUUCUGGGACACCGAAUCGGAAUCCCAAAACCCCACUCCAUCGCCCAAAUCCCGCUUCCGCCACUUCGAUCGCCCCGUAGAUUCCGGAGUCCUCGUCGUCCUCACCGAGCCCGAUUCCCGCCGCAGCGUCUUCCCCGCCCCCUCCUCCGCGCGGAUGAUUCCCUCGCUGCCGAGGCCGCCGCCACCCUCCGAUUACCUCGCCCAGUCCGCGCCUUCCAGAAAGUUCCAGCAAUCGGCGCCCAUGAAGGUCCCGAUUCUCAUCUCCGCCGGCGCCGCGCGGAGGAGGAACGCCGCCGACGACUUCGCGCGCGUGAUCGACGACGACGACGACGAUGAGGAGAUGCUGCCGCCGCACGAAAUCGUCGCCAGGGGCUCCGGCGUUUCGCCCAAAACCACGUUUUCGGUGCUGGAAGGGGUCGGGAGAACGCUCAAGGGGAGGGAUCUCCGUCAGUUUUCACCUGAAAGACGUAUCAUAUGCUGUGUGUCCAACCUGAAGAAUCACAGCUUUGACUUGUGAGUUCAUCUAUUUUCUGUUUGUGAAAUUGAUUUUUGGCCCACUGUAGGGCAUAGUUGUGGGCCAACUAGAUCGAUUCAUGACCCUGGGAAGUUGCUUGUAGAACUGGUAUAAGUCAUGAAAAAUGGCCAAAUCAUUUUCCUCGUUUAAAAUAUAUUUUUUCUUCAUCACCAACUAAGCAAACUAAUAGAAGUU